UGCACAUAUCUCCUCCUGGCCUCCUCAUGUUUGUCUAGCAGUUCUCGCCGUACCACCGUGCCCAACCCACCCUUCCAGCACCCAUCCUCUCGCCUCCCCGCCGAUCGCGCUAUGUCGUCGUCGGCGGUCGACGCGGCAUGGCAGCGCCUCAAGGCCGCCACCGCACCCGCAGCCAUGGCGGCAAGCCGGCGCUCCGCAACCCCCGCCGCCGCCGCCGCUCCCGCAGUGCCGCGCGGGGAGGAAGGCGGAAGCGCAACAGCCGCCGAUCUAAACGCCGAUGAGCCAGGCGCGGCGGAUAUUGCGGCGCCAGCAGCGGCGGGGAAUCCGGGCGAGGCGGUGAAGGUGCGGGAGGCGCGCGUGGAUCUGAUCCUCACGCAGCGCCUGCGACAGUGCGGGGGCGCGCAGCAAACGAGUAGCGGCAGCGCGGAGAAGAAAGCCGUCCCGUCGUGGGUGUUCGAUCUGGGCCUGAAGGCCCGACCAACCGUUUCCCUGGCAGCUCCUGCGGGUGGCGCUGACGUGAGGGGGGAGGGGGGCAAGAGGAGGGGAGAGGAGGGGGGAGUAGGGGCGGAUGGAGCCGUACCUGCUGGGGCGAGGGGUGGGGAGGAGCGGGAGGGGGGGAAGGUGGAGGUGGAAGGGGAGGAGGAGGGCAGGGGAAGGGAAGAGGGGAAUGCGGCGAGGGAGCUUGCUGACGUGGCAAGAGGGGAGGCUGCCGCCGCAGCAGCAGCAACAGCAGGCGUGGAACGAGCGGCGGCAGCAGCAGCAGCACUGAGAGCCACGCAGGCAGCAGCGAGUGGUGCUGUUGGGGAUGAGACCAAGGUCAAAGUGCGAGAGGUGGUGGACUUUGCAGGCGAGGCAGUGGAGGUGGUGCGGGUGCUGGACCCAAGGUCCAAGGAGGCUGCAGCUGCCAAGCGCAAAGCAGACAUGCAGGCGUCCACCUCCAAGGGGCUGGACGCCAUUCUGGCGCAGAUGGAGAAGAAGAAGAAACUCAACAUCCUGGACAAGUCCAGACAGGAUUGGAGCGAGUACAAGGAGGGCACGGGCGUGGCGGUGGAGCUGGAGGAGUACCGCAGGAGCGGCGCCACCUAUACAGAGAAAAAGGCUUUUCUGGGGCAGGCUGACCUGCGGGAGUACGAGCGCGAGAGAGACGCCAAGCUGGCUGCGCUCGCCAGGAGGCCCAGGCCCACUGCAGGGGAUUGAGUUCAUUAGCGGCGCCACCUACCUACACAGUUGAGAGGGCUUUUUUGGGGUACGCUGACUGCGGAAGAGACGCCAAGCUGGCUACGCUUGCCAGGGGACCUCUGGCCACGGCCACAGCUGGUGGUUGAUGGCUGUGAGUGCCAGGAUGGAGGAGAAGGGCGUUUUUGGGCAGUGGAGAGAGAGAGAGAGAGAGAUGCCAAGCUGGCUGCACAUGCCAGGAGACCAUGGCCGGAAUGUCAAACAUGUGUAUUAGUUAUGUUUGCAUAGACUGUAUAGGGUCACCUCUUAGAGGGUACAAUACUUAGGUAUAUCUAUCUGUACUCUCCCACUACUC